UGCUGCUGCUGCUGCUGCCUGGUCCGGCUGGGCGGCUGGAAAGGAGGCCAUGCAGGCGCGCUACUCGGUGUCCAGCCCCAACUCGCUGGGAGUGGUGCCUUACCUCGGCGGCGAGCAGAGCUACUACCGGGCGGCGGCGGCGGCGGCGGCGGCCGGCGGGGGCUACGCGGCCAUGCCGGCGCCCAUGAGCAUGUACUCGCCUCACCCGGCGGCGGCGGCCCAUGAGCAGUACCCGGGCAGCGGGGCCGGGGCCGGCAUGGGCCGGCCGUACGGGCCGUACCCGCCGCAGCCGCAGCCCAAGGACCUGGUGAAGCCGCCGUACAGCUACAUCGCGCUCAUCACCAUGGCCAUCCAGAACGCGCCGGACAAGAAGAUCACGCUCAACGGCAUCUACCAGUUCAUCAUGGAGCGCUUCCCCUUCUACCGGGACAACAAGCAGGGCUGGCAGAACUCCAUCCGCCACAACCUCUCGCUCAACGAGUGCUUCGUCAAGGUGCCCCGCGACGACAAGAAGCCCGGCAAGGGCAGCUACUGGACCCUCGACCCGGACUCCUACAACAUGUUCGAGAACGGCUCGUUCCUGCGCCGCCGGAGGCGCUUCAAGAAGAAAGACGCCGUCAAGGACAAGGAGGAGAAGGAGCGCCUCCACCUCAAGGAGCAGCCGCCGCCGCCGCCGCCGCCGCCGCCGAGGCACCAGCAGCCGCAGCAGCAGCCGCCGCAGCAGCAAGAGGGCGGCCAGGCUCAGCCGCCGCCGGUCCGGCUCCAGGACAUCAAGACGGAGAACGGCUCCGCGUCGCCCCCGCAAGCCCUGUCCCCGCUGGGAGGGACGCCCGUGCCCAAGAUCGAAAGCCCCGAGAGCUCCAGCGCCAGCAGCCUCUCCAGCGGCGGGGGCAGUCCGCACGGCGGCGGGGGCAGCCGGCCGCUCGGCUUGGAAGCACCACCCGCACCACCACCCGCACCAUCAUCCGCACCACCCCCACCACCACCCUCACCUCCAUCACCUCCGCCGCAACAUCACCCCGCAGGGCCUGCGGGCGGCGGCGGCGGCUUCAGCGUGGACAACAUCAUCAUGACCUCCUUGCGCGCGUCUCCGCAGGGCGCCGCCGGGGAGCUCUUGGCUCUGGCGCCGCCGCCCUCCGCCUCGUCGUCGGCCUCGUCGGCCUCGUCCACCGCCUCCACGUCCAGGACAGCGUCGCUGCCGUCGCUGGCCUUGAGCAGCUGCUAUUCGCCGGCGGCGGCGGCGCAGAGCUCGCUCUACAGCGCCCCCUGCAGCCAGGGCGCCAACACGACGAGCAGCGCGGGAAGCGCCGCGGCGCAGGCGGGAAGCGGCGCCAGCAACUACCACUGCAACUUGCAAGCCAUGAGCCUCUACGCGGCCGCCGCCGCCGCCGCCGCCGCCGCUGCCGCCGGAGGGGGAGAGCGGGCAGGCGGCGGCGGCGGCGGGGCCCACCUGGGCGGCAGCCCCGUGGAGCAGGACCCGCUGCCCGAAUACAGCCUGGCGGCGAGCAGCAGCAGCAGCGCCUCUUCCCUCAGCCUGAGCCCGCAGGAGGGGCACCCGCAGGGCGGCGGCGGCGGCGGCCGCUUGGCCUCCUGGUACCUCAACCAAGCCACGGCGGUGGGGGAGCUGGCCCAUUUGGCGCCUGCCGCGGCGGCGGCGGCGGCCGCUUCGUCGCCGUCCCCCGCGGGCUACCCGGGCCAGCAGCAGAACUUCCACGCCGUGCGGGAAAUGUUCGAGUCCUCCCAGCGGCUGGGCUUGAACAACUCGCCGGUGAACGGCAACGGCGCGGCCAGCAGCUGCCAAAUGGCCUUCCCCGGCAGCCAGCCCCUCUACCGGCCCUCCGGCGCCUUCGUCUACGACUGCAGCAAGUUCUGACCGACGGGAGCGGGCGGGGAGCGAGAC